AUGGAGCCAGCUAACCAACUUAGCUCAGUGCUUGUCAUCGGCGGCUGUGGGUUCCUCGGUCACCACAUCGUUCGCAAGCUGCUCCAGUCCGACGAUGUCUCUCAAGUCACGGUGGUCGAUCUCAGAACGGAUUUCUAUCGCGUUGAAGGCGCGCAUUACAUUAAGGGGAGCAUUACUUCGCGGGACGACGUAAUGUGCGCGCUCGACACCGCAAGGCCAAGGGUCAUCUUCCACACGGUAUCGCCGCAAGCGCUCGGGAAUCCAAGGCUAUUCACUGAAGUGAAUAUUGGCGGCACUCGCAACCUUCUAGAGUGUGCGCAAUCAUGCGGCUUCACCAAGGCGCUCGUCUACACAUCAAGCUCGUCAGUCGUCCACGACAAUUAUAGCGAUCUGGCAGCUGUAACGGAGGACAUGCCACUGCUGUUCAUGCCGCAGCAGCCGGAACUGUAUUCGCAUACGAAGGCAGUCGCAGAGAAAAUGGUGCUCGACGCGAACAAGAUUGCAGGAAUCCGAACGUGUGCCAUCCGUCCUGCCGGCAUGAUCGGCGAAGGCGAUCGGACCACAGCUGGAAAUAUCAUCGGCGGUGCGAAGGAGGGCAAGUAUAGAAUUCAGAUUGGCGAUGAUUCGAAGCUCUUUGACUGGACCUAUGUGGGGAACAACGCAGACGCUCAACUGCUAGCCGCCAGAGCCCUUUUACGCAGCCACACGAGCCCGCCUCCAGACAACCUAAAAGUCGACGGCGAAGCUUUUGUCAUCACCAAUGACGACCCUCGACCGUUCUGGAACUUCCUUCGCACUAUGGGUGCAGCUGCUGGCUACCCUGUCAAGAAAGAAGACGUUUGGGCGAUACCAGCCAGUCUCAUGUGGGCUGGAGUCUUCAUCACGGAGAUUCUAUACUUUGUCUUUACGCUUGGGCGCAAGCAGCCCAGGUUCACACGCGCGAAUAUUAAGUAUAUGACGAUACACCGGUACUUUGACAUCUCCAAAGCCAAGACUCGACUAGGUUACGUGCCGCAACUUAGCUUGGAGGACGGUAUCCAAAGGACCGUGCAAUGGUACUGGAGUAUCACCCAGGAAGAGAAGGACCAGAGCGAUUCGUUUCGGAAACUAGUCUGAGUUUGCCCGGCUGGUGUUCGAUUCACUUUUCAAGCCCUGAAUUCUAGCUUGGAGAGAUGUCUUUAGUUUCUUUCUUACUCCUCCUAUUCGUUUCUAUUAUGCUGAGGAUACAGCCACUUCGGCUGGUCAUAAUGGUCUAACGUCCUGUUUUUGGUGGACCAUAUAUGUACACUGUUAAUCCGGCCUCUAUUAGAGGUUUUUGUAGGUUUUCCGCUUACUCGUUAAAGAUGAAUUAGGAUUAGCGUUUCCAUUGAUGAAUGAGCGAGUCAGGGGAGUUAAAUGAUAGAACUCUGGAGUGUAUAGCUAUAUAUAGGGCCCAUGAAGUUAC